CGUGUGCGGCUCGAGGGAGCCCGGCGGAGGUGGGCGCUGAGCCCAGCCUCGGAAUCCCGCGCGUAGGAGCCCCACCUCUGGCGUCUGGGAAAGGACUGUUUCACCAGUAAGACUCCCAACCUUCCACAGACAAGGGAGAGAACCUGAAGCACGAGUGCUUGUUUUUUCAGUCCUUAAAAAAUGUUUCCGCUUACCAGAGACUGAAGUUAUCUGUCUGGCGGAGCCAGAGCACUCCCACAGCAACUCUCCCGAGAGCGACCCGGCCAUUCUUAGUAGACACAAAGUCUCUUAAUACAGCUCGUCUCGGGAGGGUAAAGAUGCGUUAAGGAGUAAAGCAGUGGGAUGUCUGGGGCACACUAACAGGAGGGGGAUUGAGGGCUUCGAAGAAAAUGCCAGGUGAAGGCUCUCACACCAGAAGCACCACCCCGGUUCCUAUUCCUGUAAAGAUUUCCGCUGUGAUAGGCGUUUACUUUUCUGAUUAAAGUGGAAGUGGCUUAAGUUACCCCUCAAGACAUGCUUUAAUAGAUUUUUGAAGUCCUCAUGGUAAGAGGACGUUAAAAGAACGUAUUCGAUGACUUGGGAACUGCAAGAGAGCCAGCCCAGCGCCCGCUAAAUCACACCUGGUAUCGCCAACCCCACCUAACCUGUAAGACCCAGUGCGCCUCGCCUGCCUGUGAUUGGGUGUGUCUCUGACUUUACAAUUCAUGACUCAACCUACCUGCAUCAGGACAAAUAAAUUGUCAGCGCUCGCUUUAGGUACCUCCAAUAAACCAGCUCAUUCUCAAGUUUGAGACUAUGGACAACACUAAUCAACCAAGGAUCUCCCCAGCUGCUGCCAGAGGAUUCUUCUGAAAGUCAAUAUGGAUCAUGUUCUUCCUGUUAAAAGAAGUUGUAGAAGGAGAGGAAGAAGGAAGACUGUGAGAAACUGCGCCAGCCAUCCCAACCUUCAGCAACCACCACUCUGAUCAGUCCGCAGCCACCAACAACGAGGCAAGACCCUCUACCAGCAAAAAGAGUAUGACUUGCGGAAGGCUCCAAUAAGGGUUACCUUUUUUUUUUGGCAAAAGCAUUUUCAAAUUAAGGUAAAGAUCAACCUGAAGCACAUUUUUGAGCUGUUUUCCAGGACCCAAAACCCCUCGAGCGAUCAGCCACAGGAAUACCUGAAGCCUAAGGAAUGAUGAUGUUGACCUUUGCUAACUGUCGUAACUUCACUCAAAUGAAGAUCAUGAGGCUUAAAGAGAUUAACUACCUGCCUAACAAAAAGGAGUGGAGCUGUAAUUCCAGUCCAGGACUGCUAGUCCUUCUGCUAUCAGAUGUCUUUCUGCUUGACUGAACUGCACCUGUGGUCUUUGAAGAAUACCUUACACAUUGGGGAUAGAGACAUCGGGAUCUACCAGUAUUAUGACAAAAAAGAUCCACCAGUAUCAGCAACAGAGCAUGGUAACUUAGAAGAAAAGCAGAAGCUGGCAGAAUCACGAGAUUUUCCAUGGACGCUCAAAAACAGACGCCCAGAAAAACUUCGAGACUCACUCAAGGAGUUGGAGGAGCUGAUGCAAAACAGUCAGUGUGUGCUGAGCAAAUGGAAGAACAAAUAUGUCUGUCAGCUCCUCUUUGGUUCAGGUGUGCUGGUGUCCCUAAGCCUUUCCGGGCCGCAGCUGGAGAAAGUGGUGAUUGACAGAAGCCUGGUGGGGAAACUCAUCUCAGACACCAUCAGUGAUGCUCUUCUCACAGACAGCUUUAUCAUCUUAUCAUUUUUGGCACAAAACAAGCUAUGUUUUAUUCAGUUUACCAAGAAGAUGGAUUCUCCUGAUACAAACAAAAGACUGGAAAAGCUCUCAGCCUUGGAUUAUAAGAUUUCCUAUUAUGAAAUACCUGGUCCGGCAAACAGGACAACACAGCGUCGUCUAGCUGUCAAUCAUGUUCAGGAUGUAGUUGUUUGCUGGUGGCCGCUGGUCAGUGAUGAUGCUUGGCCUUGGGCCCCCAUUUCUUCUGAGAAGGACAGAGCCAAUCUGCUGCUCCUGGGUUAUGCUCAAGGAAGACUGGAGGUUCUGAGUUCUGUCCGCACAGAAUGGGAUCCACUGGAUGUUCGCUUUGGCACCAAACAGCCUUAUCAGGUGUUGACAGUGGAGUGCUCCAUCAGUGUAGACAAAGAGCCCAUGGCUGACAGCUGCAUCUAUGAAUGCGUUCGGAAAAAAAUCCAGUGUGUAUCAGUCACCAGAAUACCACUAAGAUCAAAGGCCAUUAGUUGUUGCAGGAAUAUUACUGAAGACAAAUUGAUUCUGGGCUGUGAAGAUUCUUCAGUAAUUCUUUAUGAAACUCACCGCAGAGUGACUCUCCUAGCUCAGGCUGAACUUUUGCCUUCAUUAAUAAGCUGCCACCCAAGUGGUGCCAUUCUGCUAGUUGGCAGUAACCAAGGGGAGCUGCAAAUUUUUGAUAUGGCUCUUUCUCCUAUUAACAUCCAGCUUUUGGCUGAAGACUACUCGCCUAGGGAGACUCUGCAAUUCAAAGAAUCCUUUGAUGUUUCUAGCAGUCUUGUUCACAUGCAAUGGACAGCUCCUCAGGUGGUUUCUAAGAAGCCGGAAAGUGGGGACAUCUGUGAUCUCCUCUUCCUCAGAUUUGGCAGAGGACCUUUGGGUGUACUUUUGUUUAAACUUGGUAUCUUCACACAAGGACAACUGAGCCCAGUAGACAUCAUCUUCCAGUAUAUUCACUGUGAUGAGAUCUUUGAGGCAAUAAACAUCCUGAGUAGUAUGAACUGGGACACUCUGGGCUACCAGUGCUUCAUCAGCAUGAGUGCCAUCGUAAACCAUCUUCUUAGACAAAAGCUCACUCCAGAGAGAGAAGCACAGCUUGAGGCAAGCCUUGGAACCUUCUAUGCUCCAACAAGACCACUCCUGGAUACAACUAUAUUGGAAUAUAGAGACCAAAUCAGCAAAUAUGCAAGGAGAUUCUUCCACCACUUGCUCAGGUACCAGCGAUUUGAAAAGGCAUUUCUGUUAGCUGUUGACAUUGGUGCUCGUGACCUGUUCAUGGUGAGUCAUUCCCAGAGAUGAUUUUGUGCCUUCAGUUCUAAGGCUGAGUAA